AUGGCAGAACACCUGAGCAACCAGCCCAGCACCACGGCCGUGGAGCUGUCCUUCAAUGCAAGGAAUCUGGGGAUCUUACUGCUGCCGACUCUGCUGGAAUGCACUUUAGCUGGCAUCACCAGGUGUUGGGACUGCGACUGGGGGAUCCUGGGCCGGCAUAUCCAGCCAUUGCACGACCUGAUUCUGAAGAAGCCCCUCAUAGACCAUGCGGCGACCGCCCUCCUGCAGCUCAUCUGGCUGAGAGCACCGAUGCUCCUCCCACACGACACCGAACACGAGGAUCCCAAGCUGAAAGCGUCGAGACUUCCCGGCUUGUCUCAGGAGAUUCACGACAGCCUCGCAGCCGAAGGCCUGGAGCAAGUGAAUGCCGAGGAGAUGCUGCUCAUGGCCCACGUGCGUCGUGAAGUGCUCAAGCACUUGGGACAAGCCGGCCGCUGGCAGCCAGACCAGGGUGAGCCGGACUCCCCGACACCGAUGCGCACGCCUUCGCAGCGGCGGCCGGGCGCCAGCCCCAAGUCGGCUACCAAGAAGAGGCGAGCACCCGAGCCGCAGGUCACGACGGAAGGAAACAAGGUGCAGGAAAUCCAAACCCUCAUGUCAUCGCUGGUGGAGAAGUUUGGCUGCGAGCCGCUGGUCGGUUCCUUCAUGGCGCGUGUAGAGAAAUCGAUGACAGCGAUGGCCCUGGCAGCUGACAAGGGCUUCACCAAGGAGGCAGCGGAGGCCUCGGAUGCAGCGUUGGCAGCGGAGAAGCUGGCAGAUCUGAUGACGAACUUCCAGAUCCUGCUCGGAUUCGGCAAGGAGGCUCAGCGGGCCAUCAUCGGCCAGCUGCCAAGCUUGGUGAGGCAUCUGCUCGAGACAUCCUCAUGGCCCGACUGUUGGCGGCAUGCCCUGUGCGACAUGCUCGAGUUGGUCAUCCACCGGAAGCUGGCGCAAGAGACCAGCGCCUCACUCUGGGACCAGGUGGGGCAGAAGUGGCUGGAGCAUGCAAGUGCCAGCAGACUCACAGCUGUGGGUAGUUUGGCCACAGUGCUGUCCAGCGUCUUGGCGGAGAUGCCUGGCAAAAAAGCCGCCGAGCGCCUAAAGUGCAUGCAGAACCUGCGCUACUCCGCAGCUUCCUGCUUGCUCUGCUUCCAGGAGGCACACCCUCAGAGGAAGACCUUGCACGGCAAGCUCGCUUGCAGCGACAUGAGCUCCGCAGAGGAGGAUGAAGCGCCACGAACUCAGCAGGAUGAAGCGCCGCGCUCCAGCCGGCCGCGGUGCUCUGAUGAGAUGAGCGACAGCAGUGAGGAGAUCGGAAGCGAGGACACGCCGUCCCCGCAGUCGGAGGACGAGGAUGCUUCGGACCUUGAAAGCUUCGAGGACGAUGCGGCCGAGUUCAAUGAUUGCGGCUUCCUUUCUGAAAAGGGGGGAGGCGCAGAGGGGGGAGGCGGCAGCCAGGAGGAGGUCCAAACAAAGACGCAGACUGGGCUGGGGGCAGCGAACGAGACGGUCGAGGAGUGGGGGAACGCCCAGCAGAAGACGAGCGUAGAAGGGAACACGCCGAGCUGCAUUGAAGCAACCUGGCUUAGUUGCCGGGGGCCGUAG